UCAAUACAGAGGACAGGUCAUACAAUGGUGGAGGAAUAGGUUCUUCAAAUAGGAUGAUGGACUUCUUGGAGGAGCCAAUCCCUGGUGUGGGGACCUAUGAUGAUUUCAAUACGAUUGAUUGGGUGAGAGAGAAGUCUCGAGACCGGGAUAGGCACCGAGAGAUUACGAAUAAAAGCAAAGAGUCAACAUGGGCCUUAAUUCACAGUGUGAGUGAUGCUUUUUCUGGCUGGUUGUUGAUGCUACUUAUUGGGCUUUUAUCAGGUUCCCUAGCUGGCUUGAUAGACAUCUCUGCUCAUUGGAUGACAGACUUAAAAGAAGGUAUAUGCACAGAGGGAUUGUGGUUUAAUCAUGAACACUGUUGCUGGGACUCCAAGUAUGUUACCUUUGAAGACAAAGACAAAUGCCCAAAGUGGAAUAGCUGGUCCCAGCUUCUCAUCAGUGCGGAUGAGGGAGCCUUUGCCUACAUAGUCAACUAUUUUAUGUAUGUCCUCUGGGCUCUACUAUUUGCCUUCCUGGCCGUGUCUCUUGUCAAGGUAUUUGCACCUUACGCCUGUGGCUCUGGAAUCCCUGAGAUAAAAACUAUCUUGAGUGGUUUUAUUAUUAGGGGCUAUUUGGGUAAGUGGACCCUGAUUAUCAAAACCAUCACACUGGUGCUGGCAGUGUCUUCUGGCUUGAGCCUGGGCAAAGAGGGCCCCCUAGUGCACGUGGCUUGCUGCUGUGGGAACAUCCUGUGCCACUGCUUCAACAAAUACAGGAAGAAUGAAGCCAAGCGCAGAGAGGUCUUGUCAGCUGCAGCAGCAGCUGGUGUAUCUGUUGCCUUUGGGGCACCUAUUGGCGGAGUAUUAUUCAGCCUAGAAGAGGUCAGCUACUAUUUUCCCCUUAAAACGCUGUGGCGUUCAUUCUUUGCUGCCUUGGUGGCAGCAUUUACUCUGCGCUCCAUCAAUCCAUUUGGGAACAGCCGUCUGGUUCUAUUUUAUGUGGAGUUUCAUACCCCAUGGCAUCUCUUUGAGCUUGUGCCAUUCAUUCUGCUGGGCAUAUUUGGUGGUCUGUGGGGAGCUUUAUUUAUCCGCACCAACAUUGCCUGGUGUCGGAAGCGUAAGACCACCCAGUUGGGCAAGUAUCCUGUCAUAGAAGUACUUGUCGUGACAGCCAUCACUGCCAUUCUGGCUUUCCCCAAUGAAUACACCCGGAUGAGCACAAGUGAGCUCAUUUCUGAACUGUUUAACGACUGUGGCCUUCUGGACUCCUCUAAGCUCUGUGAUUAUGAGAACCGUUUCAACACAAGCAAGGGAGAUGAAUUGCCCGACAGGCCUGCUGGUGCGGGAGUCUACAGUGCCAUGUGGCAGCUGGCCUUGACACUCAUAAUGAAAAUCGUCAUUACUGUAUUCACCUUUGGCAUGAAGAUCCCUUCUGGCCUCUUUAUCCCUAGCAUGGCUGUUGGUGCCAUAGCAGGUCGACUUUUAGGAGUAGGAAUGGAACAGCUGGCCUAUUAUCACCAUGACUGGGGCAUCUUUAAUAGCUGGUGUAGCCAAGGAGCUGAUUGUAUCACUCCUGGCCUUUAUGCGAUGGUUGGUGCUGCAGCCUGCUUAGGUGGGGUAACUCGGAUGACCGUUUCUCUUGUUGUCAUAAUGUUUGAACUAACUGGUGGCUUGGAAUACAUUGUGCCUCUGAUGGCUGCAGCAAUGACAAGCAAGUGGGUGGCAGAUGCUCUUGGGCGGGAGGGCAUCUAUGAUGCCCACAUUCGUCUCAAUGGAUACCCCUUUCUUGAAGCCAAAGAAGAGUUUGCUCAUAAGACCCUGGCAAUGGAUGUGAUGAAACCCCGGAGAAAUGAUCCUUUGUUGACUGUCCUUACUCAGGACAGUAUGACUGUGGAAGAUGUAGAGACCAUAAUCAGUGAAACCACUUACAGUGGCUUCCCAGUAGUGGUGUCCCGGGAGUCCCAAAGGCUUGUGGGUUUUGUCCUCCGAAGAGAUCUCAUUAUUUCAAUUGAAAAUGCUCGAAAAAAGCAGGAUGGAGUUGUGAGCACGUCUAUCAUUUAUUUCACUGAGCAUUCUCCUCCAAUGCCACCAUACACUCCACACACCCUAAAGCUUCGGAACAUCCUGGAUCUCAGCCCCUUCACUGUGACUGACCUUACCCCCAUGGAAAUCGUCGUUGAUAUCUUCCGCAAGCUGGGACUGAGGCAGUGCCUGGUUACACACAAUGGGCGAUUGCUUGGAAUCAUUACCAAGAAGGAUGUGUUAAAGCAUAUAGCACAGAUGGCGAACCAAGAUCCUGAUUCCAUUCUUUUCAACUAGAAUCAUAGGAAGGACAUUGCAGACCAUGGAUAUAUUUUAUUAACUGGGUACUCAAAACACAUUUCCCAUAUUUGAAUGGUGAAAUUAUAUUAGUGUGUUGUCUCUUUCCUACAAGUUAACCAGUUGCACUACAUAAUAAUUUC